AUGAAAUCUGCAAAAUCAGCUUAUUCAUUGAGCACCAAUUUAGCAAGUUAGUACACAGAGAGAGUUUACAAAAACAAAAAGCCUGCCCUUCGUAUAAACACAGAAACCAGUCAAAGGAUUAAAAGUGCUUAAAUUGGAUCCUCAUCUAGAAAAUGCUAUACUAAUACUAGUAGAACCAUUGAAAAUCAAACACAAUCCAAAAUACCCUUGCAAAUCUAUUAGAGGUACAUAGAGGAGUCCUUUAUGUCCAACAAUCAUGACAAAAUUGUGAAGGAGGCCAAAUUAGUGGCUCCUACUGUAAUCAAUCAUCUCAAUAUCAACUUUUAUGAAACAUAACAAUUGAGUCACGGAAUGAGUCUUUAUGACAAGCAUCCUAAUUUGCUCUUUAAAAUGUAUGAAACACUGAUAAAUCUCGAUAAAAAUGUAAUUUAGGAAUUGUUUUUAUAUGAAGCCUUGACUGAUAAAGAUUAAAUUGGCAUUAAGGAGAAGAAGGAAAGGAACAUUACAGACAAUUUUAGAUUUGAUUUUUUCAUCAAGGCAAUAAAUAUUAUGGAUGACUUUAUAACUACAUUGAUCAAAAUUAUCGAUGAUAAAACUCUAGCAGUAUUCAUUGAAUAGUUAUGGAAAUUUUGGGUAGUACUCCUUGAUCUUAAUACUCAAUGGUCCUAAACGAGGUACAAAGCCUUGUUGGAUAUUCAAGUAGGAGCAGUAGAAUCAUAAUUAAAGGAUUGCUAGUUCAGUUUGGAUGCGUUAAGAGAGAAAUACAUUCAAAAAGUAAAAGGACAUCAAUUAAGAGUAGCAGUAGAGUAGAAAAAGAACUUACAUCUAAAAGAAGAGAAUCUGAAAUGGCUUCAAAUGUAUUCUGAAUUGGAAACAAAACUAGAGGAGUUAAAAAAUUUAGAGAAUGCAGAAGGAGAAAUUAGAAAAAUUAAUUUGGAUUUAAAAGAAAUGGAUUUUCAAUUCAAUGUCUUUUAAAAAAAUAUGAAUGAUUAGCAAAAAUAAGUUAGCACUUCUGUUAAAAAUCUGGCAAGUCUUCUGAAGAGAAAAGAUUAAAAAUCCUUCACUGAAUUCACAUAUGAAGAAUUAAAUCUAUUAGAUUAUCCAGGGUUUAAUGAUGAUUAUUUGCUGGUUAAUCCUAUUAUAUUCCUCUUAUAAAUUAGAGCCAAAGACUAGAAAACAACCCCUAGUGAUUUUUUAUCCUUCUUAGUGUAAUAUAUACAUUCAAAUCCCAACAUGUCAGGGCCAGAAUUGUUUAUGCAAUUCAUAGAAAUCGAUUUCAACAAAGCACACUUUCUUAAAGAUCUAAUCAAAACUACUGAUGAUGAUAUAAUCAAUAUCACAAAAUUAAUAUUGGGAAUAGGUAAAUCAAACCCAGUUAGCCAUGUUGUGAUUCUGGAAGCCAUUAAAUUAUGCAGAGCCAUUGAAAAUUAAUACAAACACUUCGAUCAAUCUCAAAAUGCAACAGUUAAUAAAAGGACAAGUAUUAUUUUAAAUUAGGAGAAAAGUGUUGGUCACAAUAUAGAUUUGACCUAAGAAAUUCCAAUUGCAGGAUCUGAAGUGACAUUGGGUUAACAAUUGUACGAGUAAAUUCUCCAAGUUAGUACAACAACCAUAAAACUUAGCAAGAUAAUGUAUAUCGCUAUUCAAUUCUACGCAGAAAAGGAGUAUAGUAAAUGGAUGAGUUGCUGCUAUUUAUGGUAAUAAGGAACUAUGAAAAUUGAAUCUCGUUGGGAUUAAUAAGAAUAAUUCUUAAACAUGGACAGUUUUCUUGUAUGGUAAUUUGUCAAUCUAAAAUACAAGAAUUAGAAAUCUUAAGAUCAACCCACAUUGGAUUAGUGUUUCAAUUGGGUUUACAAAAUUUGGUUACUGAGACCUAAAAUCUUUAUAAAGCCAACAGCAGAUCCUAUUGAAACUUAGAGAAGUUCUAAUACAAUUCAGAAACCAUAAGAAAAGUUGUCAAUUCCAUAUAAAAAGUCCAUCACUCUUAUAGACUCGUAAAGAAAAAAAUGA